AGGGUUGGCGCUCCGGGCAUGCUCCCCUCGUAGCCACCACCUCCUAUGGGCAUAGCCCCCUCCUCCCUGCCAUGAACCCCGCCACUCCCGACCUCUUACCCGAGCGCCGCAAACGCCGCUUCGACGCCCCCCCCCUGCCCCGCCGCUUCGACGCCCCACAGAGCCACGGCCGCCCAAGUCAGCGCCGCCGCCGCUGGCCCUUCUCCCCGCUCCUGCCAGAGAAUUUCUUCGCAUUUGACAUGGGCAACUUUAUUUCCGGCCUCUUCGGCGGCCGGCGGCCCAAGGACGAUGGGUUGGGGUUUUACAAGGGAUGGUGCGAUGCGCGGUCGCGGGAUCUCACGGUGAUUACGGAUGAGGAGACCGGGACGGGGCAGCACUUGCUGGGCCGGACGACUAAGGAUUGGUCGAGGAAGGCCGCCUUGGAGGCGGUGAAGGGUUCACAGCGGCAGAAGAGCGAGCCGUUCUACAAGAAGGCGCUGGGGGAGGCGAGACGGAAUGACAAUAGGUUGGAGGAGAGAGGGAUCAAGGUGAGGCUCGAAGAGGAAAGGCUUGCUGGCAUACGGAAGCCAUACAAGGCUGCUGAGGAGGAUUUAUCUGAACUAUUUAAACCUCUCACUGAUGAGGAGGAAAAGGAAGUUCAUGACUGUUUCCAUGCUAGAGGUCCAAGUAGCAAAGUCCUAGUGCUGCAUGAACCAUCGAACAUUGAGGUUAGCAAAGAGAAAUUCCAGUGCUUGAUACCCGGUCGCUGGUUAAAUGAUGAGGUAAUACUCUUGUUAUUAAACCUCUAUCUUGAAUUGUUGAAGGAGAGGGAAAAAAGAGAGCCGAAAAGGUUUCUGAAAUGCCAUUUCUUUAAUACAUUCUUUUAUAAGAAACUUGCUUGCGGAAAAAAUGGUUAUGACUACAAAUCUGUCAAAAGGUGGACUACCCGUAGGAAGUUGGGAUAUGACCUCAUUGAAUGCAAUAAAAUCUUUGUCCCUGUGCAUAAAGAUGUGCACUGGUGUUUAGCAAUUAUAAACAUGAAGAAAAAUACAUUUCAGUACCUUGAUUCUCUUGGCGGCAUGGAUCAUAAUGUACUAAACAUGCUGGCUCGAUAUAUUGCAGAGGAAGUGAAAGACAAAAGUAACGAAGUAAUUGACACUAGUUCGUGGCAAGAAGAUAUAGUUGAUGAUAUUCCUUUACAACAGAAUGGGUGGGACUGUGGUAUGUUUAUGCUCAAGUACAUUGAUUUCCACAGCAGAGGAUUGAGCUUAUCUUUUCGUCAGAAAGACAUGGAAUAUUUUAGGAAGAGAACAGCAAAGGAAAUCUUAAAAUUAAGAGCUGACUGAUGGAUACACAUCCUUCUCUUUUUCAAAUAGAAGCUGACUUCUUGUACUGUGUUUUGGGAACUAGAAUAGAAGCUGAUUGCAACGUCACUGUGCAUGUUGAGGGUAAUUCAAACCUGUAAAUCCUUGUUGGAUUUUUGUCGCGUGACACAGAAGCUUUGGGCGCUGGCGUCCAAUGAUGUAAAGGCUACCGAUUUUCUGUAGAGCGAUUUGAGUGGGAAAAACAGUGAAGUAAAGUUAGAUGUAGCUACACUGAUAUCUGUCUGGUUAUAGUUAUUUUGUGCUAGGAUAAUUCUUUUUUUUGGUCAUGUUUGUAAGUUUGAAUUUAAUACCUCUGUGGCAUCUGUUGAUUGCGAAUCUUUCAUCGCUC